AUCUCCGCUUGCAAUAGUAUCGUUAAGGUUGGUUUAUAUUAAUCGCCUCUAUAUACCUACAAGCAAAGAUCGUCGAAGCGUCCCUAGUUACCGCAGUGUUAACGAGCUGAUUUAACGGGUAGUUGGAUAUUUUUUAACCGAUCGUCCUCGCUGGCUUAUUGGAGCCAUUAAUAUUUUAACUGGAAGAAUUAAGCAGUGUUCAUUAAGUUUUUGGAUUCAAAAUAUAAAAAGGAUGGCAGACGUUUUCGUACCGUCUCAAGGCAACCUUGUGACGCGCAGCGCUCUGAACGAGGGCGUUACAGUUCCGGUUGACUCUUACCGGAAGCCGACCACAGCCAACCGCCCGUCCACUCAAGGCGGAUACAGAUUCGGACAGCUGAGUCAAAACUCGUUUUUCACUCGCCACAAUCCACAUCCGAUGCGGGUUCGUCACUUAAAAGGUCUUCUGGACGUGCCCAUCUGCGCCGUGAACGAUGACGGCUACUUCGCCAACCCGCGCUACUCGCUACAGUUCCCGCCAAACUACUUCAACCAGAAGAAGCUCCAGCGGAUACCCGUGAACGCCAUCAACGUGAACUCCCAGAUGCACCCGAUCAACACCGUGACGGGCCUCCAGUAUUUCACCGGCCUCACCAACUACCCCUUCCGGGAAAGGGCCGUACCCAAAGUCGGCAUGGUUCCGGUGACGGAAACAUGGCGAGACGAACUGAAGGCGCUCACAGACGCGAUCCAGCAGAAUGCAUCGGAGCAGAAACCGGAAGAGAACAAGCUUCCGGAGCGGCCUAAGACCCAGUACUCGGAGACGACGGGCCGCCUAAUCCCACCACCGUCACGUGCGAUGUCGCGCGGCCCCUCCCGACAGGCAUCCCGCCAGGGGUCGCGUCAGGGCGGCAGGGACGUGUUCCAGAGGAACUUCCAACAUAUCGCGGAGGACCCAGAUAUGGAAGCGCAGGUGAUGGUGAUGCUAUGUCAGAUCCUGCAGACGGAAGACAUUAACGCAGUUAAGGCCUGGCUGUGUUCCGCGGGUGAACAAGAGAAGACGAUGGUGAUGAACAUGAUCCGUACUGCUAUCGGUUCAAAGGAAGACUACUACCGGCGGGACUUCCAGCCCGAGUAUAUCAACGAGGAAAACAACGUCGUCAAGUUGCCACCAAUCAACGAGAAAGAUGACGGCAAGCCCAAAACUAUCAACAGACUGACGAUGGAGGAGAACGGCAGUGAGAAGCUAGAGUCCUGGAAGCAGCCUGCGCAGCCUGUGGGUGCCACAUGGUCCCCAGGCCAGUCACAAGCCCUUGAGAAACCCCUCGACUCAGAUUACAUUCGACCACCCACAUCCCAAGCAUUUAGAAAGUCAUCAGCCCAACCGUCCCUCCAACAGAAUGGCAGGGCUCCCACACCCAAGAUGAACCCAGCAACCACCGAGAAGCCCGUUCUACGAAUGACAAACUCAGCGCAUGGAAACAGACCCAACAUUCCGGCCCCAGUCGUGCCUGUCGGCCCUGCAACAGUUGAUGAACCACAAAGUCCGAAUACAUUUUAAAGUAGAUUAACCCUUUAUCACUAAGAUUCAUGCUUUGAAGCAUUUGUAGUCCCUUAGAUAAUAUAUUUAAAUUUAAGACUGGUCUUACUCGAUUCAAGUUUUAAAGGCUUUAUUUCCUAACCUAAGGCAAAUGAUGAGCAGCUAACAGCAUAAAACCUGACCAGACUGCAGGCUACUUACAGGCUGUUCUGGUUUUAUGCUGUUUGCAUAUAGCUACAUGUAUUUUCAAUUUCCUUCUGAGCCAGAGAGGGUUAAGUAACAUGGCAUUAAUUGUAAGACACUGGUAGAUUUUUUUGGUAAAAAAAUAUUUCAUCAUGAAAUGUUGAGUUAAUGAAUUGAUGCUAAACAAGAAGUAAAGAACUUUAAAGACACAGUAACAAGUGAACAUAUUUUACCUUAAGUUCUAUUUAAUUAUGUAAAAAAUCACGUAUUACCAUAUGUCUCAGCAUACAAAUGUAUUUGUUUAAUAAUGAUGCCAGUCAGUUGCUUUUGUUAGUUAACUUAAAAUCAUGAAAUACUCACAGACUGAGAAUAUGGAUAUAUUUUGCAGUUUUAAGAAGUUUUAUAAUAAUAGAAUCAGUUCAUAAGGAUAUGGAGACAUGUUGAACUUUAUCCCUGAUGCAAGGUAUUUGGUAUAGGAUGGUUGUUUUUCCUUUACACAAGUAUUCCUGAUUCAUAUCAUUAUCUCUUAAUUACAUAGCAACCUGAAGUUUUGAAUGAAUAAAUUGUGCCGACACAUGUGAGUAAGUCCCACUAACCUGGUGGUAUUCAUUCAGUUCAUUUUCCUUUGUUUAGGCUGUGAUUGGGAAAAAAAGUUAUUGGUAUAUGAAUGGUAUUUAUUACAUUCCAAGUAACAAUGAAAUUUUAUUGAGUGUAUCUGAGGAUGUAAAAGUUUUCAAGUGUAGUGUAUUGUGCAAUGUAUGAAAGUGGGGCAUGGUUGUUAAAGCUCUUGCAGUAUUAAUAAAAAAUUCUGUUUGCUUUGAAUGUGUUACUGAUGGCUAAGUAUGCACUUUUCUAGACUCAAAAGUCUAGAAUGUUUAAAUUAUUUUAUUGUUUCACUGUUUUAGAAUUAGGACAAUAUGUUACUUUGAUUGAUAUAUGUUUAUACAAUUUAGUGGUAUAUUUUGGUAUUAUAAAAUAACUGUACUGCAGUUGAAAUAAUCUCAAGGCUGAGUUUUCUUAGAUAGUCAUUUAAAUAUUGGCCUUCGUCAGACAUUUUACUUGCUGUUUAGUUAUGAUGCAGAUGCAGGCAACACUGUCAAAACUUCUGAUUUUAACACAUUUAUGCCUAGUGGACUCUCCCAUCCUUCUAAGUUGGAUCAAUUUAUUUCCAAAAUUAGGGAUGUCUAGUAUAUUUAUUUCUAUAUUUAGAACAAUUCUUACAGAAAUUCUUUAAAGCAAACAGCGUAGACCCAGAUGAGACGCUGCAUCAUGCGGCGUCUCAUCUGGGUUUACGCUGUUUGCAAUGUCCUUUUUUCAGGACGCUAGGCAUAAAUGGGUUAAACAUUACACCUGAAGUAGUUUUGUAGAUAGCAGCUUCAAAUUCAUAAUUUCCUGUUAUUUAACAGAAAUUAUAUUGUUGUUGUUUUUUAUCUAUCACAACAUCUUUGUGUCAGUGUAAAAUUGUAAUUUUAAAUGAUUUAUGAAAAUGCUCACUCAUAUCAAAUCUUUUAUAAAUAUUAUCACUACAAACUAAGCUGGCUGAUAUGAAUUUUCAUGAGAAAGUUUUGAUAUUUUACCAGUUAGUUAAACAAUGUUCAAGUAGUUUUGAAAGACUCCUGGAUAUUUAAUAAUGAUUCAUCUCUUGUGUGUGGUGAAAGUAAUGUUUUAUUUUUUUUGAUAUUCAUGAGAUGUUAUCCCUUUACCAUGGCCUCUGUGUACAUGCAUACAUAUGUGUAUAUAUCAAUGUUCAUGAUGAUUUAUUAGGCACUGUGUGUAUAUUUGUUAACAAACUACUAGUAUAUAACUGUCCUUGUCUGUGAUACAUUUAUAUCAACUUUUGUAUAUCUCAAGCUUGUUUCUGUUAAAUGAAGUCCUAAAAUGUU